AUGGGAUUCACAACAGAUCUUCGCAAAUGUAGUCAACUUCAUCAACAAAAUAAACGUAUCGCUCGAAAGAAAACAAAUCAAAGCUUUCUGCUAUCCCAUUUACAUUUAGAUAUAACAAAUAAAACUCGAUCGGCUAGAUCUUGGAUAAGAGAUCAAUUAAUUGAUUUCAAAAAUGAUAACUUUGAAGAAAACACUAAUUGUUACGAUGAUAUAUAUUUGGAAUACAGUUUAGAACAGAUAGACAUAGAAACUUAUAUUCAAGCACAAUGGAAUGAGAUCUUUGAAGCUAUCGAUAAUGAUAAUGCUGAUCUUCUCGACUGUCUUAUACCACCAGUUAAUAUUUAUAAUUAUAAGGAAAAAUAUUGGUCCAAUGAACAAUAUAAUCAAUAUUGUGAAGAUUCUAACAUCCUUUUAUACGCUAUUCGUGAUGGACGUAUAAACUGUAUUCGAGUUUUAUUGGACAAGGUUUAUUCCGGUGAUGUUAAUCCAGAUAUAUUACAAGGUAAUUGUAGGUUCGGUCAAACGCCACUAUCGUGGGCAUGUGAACGUGGUUAUAUGACUCUUGUUCGAGAACUUGUUGAACGUGCUCAUGUUAAUAUUGAUCAAGGUGCUUUGUUAGGAAUCGCUGUUAGAAAAGGUCAUCAAACACUGGUCGAAUAUUUAUUGACUCAAGGAUAUAAUUAUCAGAAUAAAUAUGACCAAUUUAUAUUGUGUGAUGCAUCUGCUCGUGGUCAUUCUGAGAUUGUUAAAAUCCUUUUAAAAUAUGGUGCUGAUCCCAAUACAUUAGAUUAUUCUGGUUGGACUCCUCUUGAUUAUGCUAUAGAUCAGAGAAAUUUUGAUAUUGCCGAAAUUCUCAUAUCUUAUUCACAUGGUAAUAUCAAAGAAAAUGGUGAUCAUUUUACACCGUUGAUGAUAGCAGCACAUUAUGAUUUAAGAUCGAUUGUUGAAUUACUUUUUAAACUAUUACCAAUUGAUCGAGCUGCUGAUGAUCUAUUACGAUUAGCUUGUCGAUAUACAAUCGAUCUUAACAUGUUAAAUCAUGAUAUGGCCUUAUAUUUUUUUGUACAAGGGUUAAAUGGAAAACAAAUAUCGAACAAUUCUAAUAUCAAUGAAGUUUAUGAAUUUCGGCAAGAAUGUCAAACAUUAGAUCAAUUAGAAAGUAUACAAGAUGAUGAAAAUGCUAUGAGAAUGCAUGCUUUACUUAUUAAUGAACGAAUUUUUCUUCAACGUCAAGAUCAUUCUAGUUAUAUUGAUUUAAUUGAGAAACAAUGUAAUUAUUAUUGUGAUCAACAUUUAUACUAUCGUAGUCUUCAAUUACGUUUGCACGCAUAUCAAUUGAUGAUUCGAGUUCAGAAUGAUUGUCCAGAAGCACGAAAAUUAUAUGAAAAUAGUUUGAAUAGAUUAGUUGACAAUUUACAGAGUAUAUUAAUACAAGAUGAUCUAGUGCCUAUUGACUCCUUAGUUAUUAUAUUCAAUUUGAUUUUUGAACAAUAUGUGCCAGCAAUGAAAUUCAGUCAAACAAAUCUUCUGAUUAUCAUAGGUUUUGUAAAUGAUUCAAUCGAAACAGGUGGUAAACAAGGAUAA